GACCUCGAUGGCCAAUGGAAACUUGCUCAUGGUGGAAACACGGACAAGGCACAGGAGAGAUACCCUAACGAGGGGGUGGGUAGCAGAAUGGCCAAAACCAUAAGGAAAAAAAAAAUGGAAGAAGAGGCAGUGAGGUAGAGAGGGAGUUGUACCUUUUUGCGCCAUCUGCUGCAGUUGUUUACCUCCAUCAUUCAUCCACCGACCGAGACGUGGUACCUGGCCUGAGCCAACGGCCUAGCCCAGCCAAAUCACCAACCAGCGUCACCGGGGCACCCUCGCGGCCGGUCGAGCCAUCCAACAUCCGACAACUAAUAUAUGGGAUAACAGAGCGUGGCCGGGCUGGCGGCUGUGGUCUUAUCAAAUACCUAAGCCCGUUGCUCCAACGAGCGAGGAAUAGGUCUCUCCAGCACACGUGGGACGGGCUCUUCCCUUUGCGCUUCCUGAAUAGGACGGAGUACCUUUCUUUGCCUCCUCAACAAGCCCAUUGGAUCCUCGACUUGGCUUUUCCCGCGUCACAACCCACGUCGCAGCACCCGCACCGUUAGCACAUGUUGCUGCUGCACCACUCUUGUCCUUCCCCUUGGCUGUCGGCCUAGGCUCAGCCGAGUGUGACCCCCUCACCUGUCGGGGGAUUUCCACGCACUCGUCUCGCCGCCCACGUUGUUGGGGCGAAGAUCCCAAGAUAGAGAGAGAAAGAGAGGGGGUGGUCCCGGUGCUUCGUCCAGGUUUAGCAUACCUCGCUCACCUGCACCCCAGGCGAGUUGCCUUCUACGCCGCCCAAUACCUCCCGCCUGCCUUCUCAGGUACCGCUCUGCUUCCGCGGUACUCCCUGAACUUCAGACAGCGUCUCGGGUCCAUCUGAACCCAAGCCCCAUUCUGUCCACGGACCACAACAUUGGUCAUAUUUGGGACUGCCUCCUGCUGCCGUUACCAAAAAAAAAAAAAAAAAAAACCGGUGGUGCGCUGCUUGAGCUACCCCUCGGCAGAGCCUCCCCGUCCCAUCUUUACCAGGAAUAGGCGCCGUCUUGACUUGACCGAACGGUCUGGCUGCUCAUGUCAUUGAUGCGACCCUGCACACGCCGAGCAUACUUCGCAUGCCUGGCCUGAUUCAUCACGGACUCCCGAUCCAACACCAUCACCGCGGCUUCAGCUCCUCACAACACGUAUUUUCCCACAUUUAGUCCAAACCUCUUCACUACGAACUCUCGCUGUCCGCGGGAGGCCCCCAGACGCGAGGCCGCCGUCGUCGCACAGCCCGAAUCUGCGACACGCCGGCACGCGCGGGCGCAUUGUUGGAGAAAUUGGGGUUGCCUUGUCUCGGACUUCGAGGCAGCGGCCCCUUUCCGUGAAUCAGUCGACAGGGCUAGACCGAGGUACACCGCCCACCGGCGCCUUCUCUGGCCCAUGAAGACAUUCUCGCCCGAGAUAGCGUCAGGAUGCCGAUAAUCAACGGCUUGAAGAUGGCUUGUGAGCCUUGCAUACGUGGGCAUCGGUCUACAAAAUGCACACAUGCCAAGGAGCGCCUCAUGGUACCGGUCCGCAAGCCGGGUCGGCCAUUGAGCGUAUGCCCACACCCGCCAGGCCGACCAUGCGCAUGCGGCGGCAUCACGGCGGCCAUACCGCGAGCGCAGAAGUGCGGCUGCGGCCCCUCGGAUGCGGCACCGGCCCCGGAGCCAGCCCCGCCCGAAUCCCCGGCCCUCAAGGGCUCCAUGUCCCCGACCAGGCGAACGUUCCAGAUCCAGAAGACCACCAAGGCCGCGGCCCGGAAGCAGUCCUUGGACGUCGCGACGCUCGGGAGGAUGGAUCCCGAAAGCUACAACAUACACUCGGCGCCGCCCUACAGAACCCCCAUCCUCCCCAGGAUACCGCCCCUAGGCGGUAGCGACAAAGUCCUCUCCCCGACGGCACCCGGCCAUUCGCUUGACUAUCAUCUGGCCGCGCUUCCCGGGACGCUUGAUGAGCCGACUGUGGCAGCGAGCUUGGAUAAUGUAGCGGACUAUCCGUUGCCGCGGCAGAUAAUCGGCCGUCUGGCCAUACCCUCUUCAGCCAUCAAACACGAGACGCCAAGGGCGAUUGUCGGUGCGGCGACCAACGGGUCGUACUUUGAGGAUUUUGGCGCGAACGCGGACGAGGCUGGAUAUGGAGCGGAUGCCACCAUUGAUGGAGCUGGCGCAAGCAAACCGACCACCCCCGCGGCGACACCCAAGAGCUGCUGCGGAGGCAAGGCGUCAUCGACGAGAGUCAAUGGAAAUGGGAACCUAAAGCCACCACAACCCACUGUCAUAACCGCCGCGCACCAGCCACUGGGACACUUCGGACAGCAUGUCCCGGCGACGAGUGGGGGCGGCCUUGCAAACGGGGCGGCAGCACUGAGCCACCCGAUGGGCGUUGCGGGCGCCCCAGUGAUGAGCCCAUUCCAAUCACCGGUCAUGCAGCCCAUAUUCUUCACACACUCGGCCGACCCGGCCAUGUACAUCUACCCACCUUACUACGGCACAUACCAGCACCCUAUACAGCCUCCGCAGUGGAGACAGGUGCUGCCACCUCCCGGAGGGCUGGGCUAUGCGUUCCCUGCGGGCCAUGCGCCCGCUCACAUGGGCAUGCGUGCGCCGCAGGCGCCGGCCAUAGGCCUCGGAGCCGGCGACGACGGGGGAGGGUUUGAGGGCAUGUCGCACCACUGCACCUGCGGGGAUGCUUGCAACUGCCUCGGCUGCCCGGCCCAUCCGUACAACGAGGUUACACAAGACUACGUCCGAUCGGCCAUGAACAUAAUGACGGAGGAACCGCCGCGAGGGGAAGGAAGGAACCCAAGGGGCGCGGCGGAGGUGUCAAAAGCACCAGCUUCGACAGCGCCGGCAAGGGUGGGAGGAGGAGGAGGAGGAGGGUGUUGCGGCGGCGGCGGCGACCAGACAUUGUCGGCCGCGGCCACAGAAGCCGUGUCCCCCACCGCGGCGCAGGUCCAGCAAGGCGCGGGCGGUGCGGGGGCAACAGAACCAGCGGUGUCUUCACCACCGCAGGCGCAGACGCCGUCCGAGGCGUCGGCGGCGAGCGAGGACCAGAUGCACCUUUCAGCGAGCGACUUCCUCUUUGUCACGUACCCGUUCGGCUGCGAGGGCGAGACGGCGAGCUGCCUGUGCGGCGACGACUGCCAGUGUGUGGGCUGUCUGAUCCACAGCCACCCUUACGCGGACGGCUGAUGAGGCGCAAAUAUGGGGAGCGCCGGCACGGAAAGAUGUUGGACCUGGCGGUGCCAACUAUGACGUCUGCAUGAGGCUGCUUGGAGGGUUUUUGGGGGGAAGGCUGGGAUGCUAACGAUGGACAGUAUGAUGAAUGAUACCCCUGGGUUUGGGAGUCGGUAAUACGGCUCAGUACACUUAUAUAUAUCUGUAAAAACAGUGCCCCCAAUUCUGUCUUGCUCUGCUAGCAAAUUGGUAGACGCGUGCUGUUUCUGUUUGGCAAAUGCUGCGAUGGAUGGAU